UACAAUUCUAACAAGUUUGGACACGUGGCAAGUGUUUGUCGAAGUAAUAAAUACUUUAUGUAGCAGUUGAAGAGUCCGAUGAAGCAUGUUGUUAUUGUGAUGGGAAUCACGUUCCCGGUGUGUCCUGUAAGGAUGAAUGAGAUUGCAGUAGCUAGGAUCAGGGCUAUCCAGCAGGUCGCCUAUGUGGAGGCAGUGAAAAUAGCUGAAGGAGUGAGUAGAGGUGAGAUGAGAUGGUAGUGGAUGGCCCACAGUCUGCAGUGAAUGCCAUGCAGGAGACGGAUCCCGACACACUAACAGUGAAGAAGGUGGACUUAGUUGCGUUUUAUAGCGCAAGUGAUAAAUUGUACUAGUCAAAUGAAUACACAAAUCUAAGUUAGACAUAAUUGUGAAGGCGGCAAAUAUAUUUAUGGAUCUCCAGGACUAUACAGCUGAAAUGUUACAAGUAGUACUGAAUGAAGAGGUUCAAUGAGCCUGUGUAGGGAUCUAAAAUCCGACCGAAGGAGUAGUGUCUAUUUUAUUUUAUACAGGAUAGUAGCGUGAAUUUGGUUAGUGUUUUUGGUCAUUAGUUAUUAAUUUGUUUUGGGGGUAUUUUUUUUACUACCCCUUACAGUAGGUGGCGGCAAUACACAUUAUGCAUGUAGUCUGCCAAUAAACAUCAACGAAGAAGAAAAACCAUGUCAAGUGAUCAUAGAGAAGUGGAAAGUUUGGUUUAGCGUUGGGAGCUAAACUAAAAAUAGCUAGCUAGCUAGUUAACGUUAGCUCUAACGAUAUAUUCUCACAAUGUUGUAAUGGACGAAACUUGAUUUCGCUUUUCCCCAGCUAUAAUUGUUUUCUAGAUGACCUUCCAUGCCAUGAUACUGACAGACAUCUGACAGAAGGUGCAGCCUGGCAUGAGGAUGACUGAGAAUGGGGAGGACAGCAGCCCCUCUCAGCCUGAUGGAGUGUUACCUCGUGGAGCUCCUGGUGGGAAGGAUCCAGGAGUUAGCAGUGACAAGAGGCCAGUGAACCCCUCUACAGAGGACAACAAACCCACCAAGCUCAUCGACACCCUGCAAUUCCCUCAGGAUGUACAAGACCAAAGCAGCAAGCCCAGUCUCUACCAGCCGCGACCGCCCCUGCUGCCCAAGCCCCCUGCACUGUCGAAGGGAGGGAAGAGCGGUUCGAUGGAGGAGGUGAGAAGCAGAAGACUUAAGCACAGCCAGGAGAGUCUGACUGACCCAGCUGAGACUGGUUCCUCCACAGACUCUCUUAAGGAGGACUCGACAGUUACAGGUGUGUUCACCUUGAGCGGUGCUGCCACCUUAAGGAACGGACAGGGCUCCAUCGUUGGACCCCUCUUAACUCCUACAGGGUCCCCUGUCUUCAGAGCCAGGGGCCAGAGCCUCUCCGAGUAUGAGAGGAGGCCCCACGACCACCACGGUGACCCAGUGGAGCAGCGGGGGAGGCCCUUUAAGGUACGCCUCUCUCCCUUACAGCCAUCGGGUCCACUUCCUGCUCUGGAGCAGACCUUGGCGUCGGAGUCCUUAAGGACGGCUAAUCGGAUUGACAGGGAUUGCGUGGAUUAUGGCAUUGUGCCGGGGAGAGCUGGGCCUGAGAGGCUGCACCUGCACAGGAACCUGAGCGACAGCCGGCUUCUGGAUAACAUGGUGUUGGACAACACCUCUGUCAACUCCAUGAAGUCCACCUUCAGCGUGUUGAACCCCAUCAGACCCAGGGACGUCAGGAACAGGAGUUUUCUGGAGGGCAGCGUGCUGGGCAGUGGUGCCCUUCUGGGCGCUGAGGAGCUGGACCGCUAUUUCCCAGAGAGGAGAGUUGGCAUCUACAUAGCCACAUGGAACAUGCAUGGAGAGAAGGGACUUCCAAACAACCUAGAUGAUCUGUUGCUCCCGACAGACUCUGAAUUUGCACAAGACUUUUACAUCAUCGGAGUCCAGGAGGGAUGUCCAGACCGGUAUAGGACGACUGUAAGGGAAUGGGAGAUCCGUCUUCAGGAGACUCUGGGGCCGUACUACGUCAUGCUCUACGCAGCCUCCCACGGGGUUCUCUACCUCACUGUGUUCGUCAGGAGGGACCUCAUUUGGUUCUGCUCAGAAGUGGAGCAUGCCACGGUCACAACACGCAUCAUGUCUCAGAUUAAAACCAAAGGAGCCGUGGGGAUCGGCUUCACCUUCUUUGGCACUUCCUUCCUCUUCAUCACCUCCCAUUUUACCUCUGGAGAUUCCAGAGUGUACGAGAGGAUUCUGGACUACAACAAGAUCGUUGAAGCGCUUGCUCUGCCUAAAGUUCUUCCAGACACCAACCCUUACCGCUCCACAUCCUCGGAUGUGACAACACGGUUUGAUGAGGUUUUUUGGUUUGGGGACUUUAACUUCCGCCUGAGUAAAGACCGUGUGGAGGUAGAGGCCCUUCUAAACCAGAACCAGGGUGUGGACAUGGGUCCUCUUCUCCACCAUGACCAACUCUCCAAGGAAAUGAAGGAUGGUUCCAUCUUUAAAGGCUUCCAGGAAGCACUGAUUCAGUUCCUCCCCACCUACAAAUUUGACGUUGGCUGUGACGUGUAUGACACCACCUCUAAGCAGAGAACUCCCUCAUACACAGACAGAAUACUGUUCAGGAACAGGCAGGUGGGUGACAUCAAAGUGAUAAAGUACACCAGCUGUUCGAUGAUCAAGACGUCAGACCACCGGCCUGUCAUCGGCAUGUUCCAGGUCAAACUCCGUCCUGGAAGAGACAAUAUUCCUCUGGGAGCGGGCCAGUUUGACAGGAGUCUGUACCUGGAGGGCAUCAGGAGGAGGAUCACCAGAGAGCUGAAGAAGAGAGAAGCCACGAAGGACCAGGGCAGCAGCACCAUCUGCUCCAUCUCCUGAACCUGGAUCAGAAUCAAUCUGACCCAGCCAUGAGGGACCAAAGGGAACCAGUCUUGUGUUUCCACUUCCAGCCCAGUCUGUGGGAGAAUCUGUUGGUUUUUGUCCGAGGCCUUGCAUCCUCGCCUGCUUUUGAAAAAAGGUCAAAGGUAAUCGAGGAGCAGAGUCGAGGAGAGGAAACGUAGAAACAAAUGUGCUUGUAUGAAAUGACUCUCGUUCUCCACUUGCGUGUUAUCAGGCAAAUAACGUUGACAGGGGUAGAAUCUCCAAAUAAAUGUGUAAAUGGAUACAAAUUUAGCUAGUUGUGCGAGACAUUUUCUAGAUAAAAGUAGCGUAUAGUUUUUAAAUGUGUGCAUACUUUUCUCCUUUGAGAAAACAACAGCUGAUUCAAAAGGGGUGUGGUGGAUAUUAAAACACUAGCCCAGGAUACUAUUGUGGAACCUCUGCUGAAGUAAGUAAUGAGCAGACUCCUCCGUUCGCCUACUAACGAAUUGACACUCUCCUCGACCACUUAUCGCUUUCCGGGUCAGGGAGGAGAGGACGGACUUUUGCCCAAUUGAGAAUCUCCCUGUGAGCCAUGGAAGUCACGUAGGCUGAUCCAUGAGCGCCCCCUACUGAGAGCUUUUGGAACUGUCACUAAUGUGGUUUGGGGGGGCUGAGGGGCUGUUCUCGAAGGCAGGGACCUUGAGUUCAGACAGACUCCAGUCUGCAGACUCGGCAGUAAACUGGUCUAUUUAUAAACAAGACUGAACUGGGGAACCUGACAUUGAAGAUUGAAAGGCAAUCAGUCACCCGUGUGUGCUGGUUGGCUGAUGUUGCUCUGAGUAUACUGUACUUAAUACGUUCUUUUUUUUUUGGUUUUAUUUUGUACAUUUAUUUAACAAGCCAGGUUGAUAUGGUCCAUAUGUAAUGUCACUUUUUACUUGGUGUACCUGUAUUCAAAGGCCUUGUCAAUGCAUUUUCAUCAAACAGCUCUUAAGCAGUAUAAAGCACUUUCUCUGAAAUACCAAACUUUUGGGGUGUUCUUGGAUUUCCUCCAGUAAAGAAACUGACCCAUGAUUUCACAGAAAUGGACUUAUCCCUAUCAAAUUUAAGGGGAAUUUCAGUUAUUUUGAUGUUGCUUGAUGAACAUACAUUUCCUGCAAGUAUGGUGCUUAUUGAAUUAAGGCAUGGUGGCUUUUCUGGCAUUGUAUAAAAAAACAUGUGUGAUUGAUAUUUGUGAAAUAUCUUGCUUAUUAACAUAUUGUUUAAUAUCUCACAUAAUGGAUACAGAACCAUCCUUUGCAAUGGUGAUGUGGAUCGUGUUGGAGCGGUUGAACUCUGGUUCAUUGCCUUAAUGUCAUCUGUCGUGACUAAAUUAAAUACACUCAUGUAACUUAAUCAAAACAAAUACUUUCCAUGUACUGUAUUGUGCUAACGAGGGGAAGAGGAUUCAUUGCAUGGAGAUCAAUGGUUCUGGUGUAAUGGUGAAUCAUGAGUUGUCAUUCACUUUAACGCUCAGGGCAAGUGCCUGUGAUCUUAUUUGUGAUUUUUCUCAGGACUCCAUAUCUGUGGGUCUUUUAUAACAUGAUUUGUGAUGUAACAUCACAUAAGCUGUUUGGAAUGUUAUUUCUGUGUUAUUUUUGAGAUUGUGAAACAAAUGUUUUCUGUCAUCUGAAGUGGACAUUAAAUAUCCCUCAAAGAAGGGCAGUAUAAUUGCUUUAUAAAUGCUAA